CGUCUCUCUCUCUCUCUCUCUCUCUCUCUCAGAGUGCUAAUCUAUCGACAUGGACAUCAGUAGUACGAGCUGUUGCCUUGAGAAACAAGUGCUGUGGUUGUCGAGCAAAAAUUCAAGAAAAUUGGAUUGGAAAAUUAUGCACUCACCUCCGUAUACUGUGACUGCUUGGAAUUUAAAGUUGGGUUAUCAGAGGUUGAUAAAAUCUCAAGUGUUCACCGGGAGGCAUUCCCUUAAUCAUGUCUUGUGGAGAAGAUAUUCAAUUCCCAUUAGUAUGGAGCAGUCGUCAUCAGUACCAGCAGAAGCUUAUGGUAGCAAUGAUGAUGUUAAAGAUUCAGGGCAGGAGGUUCUUGCUCAAUCUUUAACAAGUAAUGAGUUGAAGUCCUUACUUGCUGAUUCUGAAAGAACGAAGCUCCUUAGAAAACUAAGUGAAGCCAAUCAACAAAACCGAUUCCUCAAAAGACAGUUGCAUGUACAGGAGGAUGCGUUGGUUAAAUUCAAAAGUGAACUUGCUGUCAUUGAACUUGAAAUUCAGGCUUUGGUGGCAUUGGCAGAAGAAAAUGCUAAAUCUGUCAUUCCAGUUGGUUCAAGAAAGAUUAAUGGAAAAUACAUCCCAUCUCAUCUGCUUUCCCGUUUAGCAGCUGUUCAUGAGAAGUUAAAGGAACAAAUUAAGGAUGUUGAUGCUGCACAAUCAAAGGAGGUUUCCGUAUUUUGGUGUGGUAUGGCUGAGAAUGUGCAAGUUAUGGGCUCUUUUGAUGGUUGGAGUCAAGGAGAGAAUUUAUCCCCGCAUUAUACGGGUUCUUUUACAACGUUCUCAACAACAUUAGUGUUGAGACCUGGAAGGUAUGAAAUCAAGUUCUUGGUGGAUGGAGAAUGGAAGCUUUCACCUGAGUUUCCUACAGUCGGUGAGGGAUUAAUGAGAAAUAACUUGUUAGUCGUGGAAUAGAUCAGAGGUCUGUCUGUAAUUAUGCUUCUGAUGUACAGCAGUAAACCAUUAACUACCAAUCCACAAAGAAUAGAGCAUUUUAACAUGGAUGGCCGAAAUAUAUUCUUUCAGGUCUCCUGGAUGUUUACAAGAUUUAGGUGCAUGUCUGACGAUAUUGUACAAAUUCAAUCGGAAUGAA